GCCACCGUCGGCAUUAGCCCCCUCGUAGUACUAUGAAAGAGGAAGUCCCACCUCUGCUUGGUCAAAGAGCAACUCCCAAACCCCAUUCUUUCUAAACCCAGUUCCACGCCAGGACUUGAGUUGAUACCAGGGAUACGGAGGUUGCCGAAAUCCCAGAACUUUUGUUUGAACCAGCUGGGUUGUACAUGGGGCUGUGAAGAUUUCACCUUCUGGACCACAUGGAAUCCGACCCAGGGAAGCUCAAAAAUGGGAUGCCUCGCUUUAGUUUGCCCCCCUUGAGGAGACAGCGGCUGCUCCUCUCAACUCCUUUGUCUCCUGCAAGAGUUUCGUUUCAGAAUCCCGGCGCAGCACGUGAUCCCCCCGCGAGGAACCAGUGGGACGCUCCACGGGGCGAGUACCUGGAGCCUGUUGGGCUCCUCCUCCUUCCCAGAGCAGGGCGAAGGGCGCAGCGAGAGAUCUCGACUCGAGGAGCUAAGCCGGAGCAAGUGGUGGUUGCCACUGCUGGUCCCCGGUAAAGACAGGAAGCGAUUUCUUGGGUGCUUCGGAACUCGAGAGGAAUCAUGGCUUUUGGGAAGAGCCAGAAGGAUCCCUUCGGCACAGCCGUGGGCCACCUGAUAGAAAAAGCUACUUUUGGAGCACUGCAGACAGAAGAGUGGGGCCAGUUUAUGCACAUUUGUGACAUUAUUAACAUAACGGAGGAAGGACCCAAAGAUGCCAUCAGAGCACUAAGAAAGAGGCUUUCCAAAAACUGCAAUCAAACCGAGAUUCGACUCACUUUGUGUCUCCUCGAGAUGUGUGUUCAGAACUGCGGCCCAAGCUUCCAGUCUCUGGUUGUGAAAAGAGAUUUCUGCAAAAAUAGGCUAGUAAAACUGCUGAAUCCAAGGUUCAACCUGCCGGUCGAUAUGCAGGAGAAAAUCUUGACCUUUAUCAUGACCUGGGCGCGAGGAUUUCAAGGUUCUGUGGAUGUGAGUGAAGUCAAGGAGGUGUACCUGGAUCUUCUCAAGAAAGGAGUUGAGUUUCCACCAUUGGAAAUCAACAAGGGGAAUGAAAAGCCUUUGCCUCAGACCUUCAUAAAGGUAUCAUAUGGUUCUUCCAUGAAGUGUUUAUCAGGCUCACUUCCCACAGGUUCCAUAAUAACACUGAUUCCUGAACAGAUUGGAAAGCUGUACAGUGAGCUGGAUAUGGCCAAAAUGAAUGUGAGGGUCAUGUCAGCGAUUCUAAAGGAAAAUGUCCCUGGAUCAGAGAAUCCAGAUGAUAUGGAGCUUCUACAGAAGCUCUAUAAGACAUGUCGGGUAAUGCAAGAGAGGAUCAUGGAAUUGCUAGCAACGGUUCAGAAUGAAGAUGUGAUAACUGAACUGAUACAAGUGAAUGAAAAUCUGAAUAACGUCCUGCUGGGACAUGAAAGGUUCUCUCGAAACAGAGUACGUUUCUUGGAGAAUAAGAGGAUUGAAAAUGAACGCACAGCGGUCAAUGGCAACCAGCCAUCUGCUCCUUCGUGUGACUUGCUUGACCUUGAUUCAAGCUUUCCAGCUUCCACACCAAAGCUUGGGGAAGCUGGCCCUGUGACUUCUCCGGUUUCAGAAUUAAACUCCCAGCCAGUAAGUAUUGCUGCCAGCCCUCAUUCCAUUCAGCCAUCGCUUUACCCACAACUAAGCUCACUAACUGCUGCUGCGCACACUCCGCAUCCCUUGUUCACAACAGAAGCACAACCCACAAGCCAGAGCUUCUCAGGUGGCCACACAUAUGUCAAUGUAAACACAGUUUUAAAUCCAGUGCUUCUGCAUCCAGUGAGCCUCCAAAGCAAUGGGACAAGAGAUGCAUCACCAACAGACAGAUCCAAAAGCAGCCCACCACCACCUAAUUAUUAUGAGCUAAUGGAAUUUGAUCCAUUGGCUCCCAGUGACAAAACAGAACCUAUUUAUGAAGAAAUUGAUGCACACCUCUUCAAAACAAGGGUUAAGAACCACAACGGAUGCUAGAAGCAGAAGAUACCUGCUUGGACAUUUUCUGUCCAAGUGGACAAUGUUUAACUUUAUCAGCACUAAAUACUACUUUUGAUAAUGCAAAACCUGUUAAUCAAAUGAAAAAUGACUGGCUAGACUGGCAGGGUGGAAAUCUUUUUAGAGGUGAUAUAGAUAAGACCAUUUAGUGAGGGCCCAGAAAACCUAAGAUGUCUGUCCUGUAUACUGUGCCUUAAAUGCAUUGCUUUAUGUUAAGGUCAAUGAAUUACUAAGAGUGUGUGGUUUUACUUGUGCAUAUAUUUUGGACAAAAGUCAUCAAAAUUAUGUGCUGUUUCCAAAAAUUUAUUAGAGGGAGUGCAAUACCCAGAUUGUAUCUGACAUAUAAAAAUAAACUUUGCACUCAAGGUAAGGUACUUUUUAUUUCAUGGUACAGUCCGCUUAAUUAAAAAUGAACUAUUUCCAUGGGAAGAGAUUUUACAAGGGAAUUGUUUGGUUGGCCUUAAAUAUACCACUAAUGGAAACCAUUCAGAAAGUCUAAAUUUAUAUCCGCAACUAGAGUUUCUAGGCCCAAGUGCAGUCUUCUGGAUAUCAGGUGGUCUCUUAGUUGCUAAUUUGGUGGCUCUGGCAAUAAGAUUUGCUGGCAGCCCGCUGUGGGAUGGACUCCAUUUUUUUGUCCCCUCAAAGUGCAAAAGUAAUUGACGACCUAGAUGUUCUGAAGAUUGUCUUGCAGCAUGCUUCUUGCUCUUCUGAUUUGUCACAACAGCACUUUUCUAUACAGUUAUUUAAUGCACUAAUUGUCUUAAACUUGCACAAGCUAUAGGGAUGUACAUGAAUCAUGGUUUGUUCACUGAUUCAAAGCACAGUUCAGGCACCUUUAAAAGGGAGGAGAGCAGGUCCGUACCUGCUCAUUUGCCACAGCAGUGCGUCUCCCAGGUUUCCUUCACGCACCAGCUGCAUGAGCAUGGAAGCCAAUCUCGGCACUGCCCUGCCACAUGAGGACAGCCGGGGGAGUGCCACCGGCCCACAAGGGCAGCUGGGGUGGGGUGCGGGCAUGCCACUACAGCAGGAAGCUGUGGCGAGCAGAGGAAGAGCAGAUACAGAACUGCUCUCCUCUCUUUUAAAAGGUGCCCAGGCUAUGUCUCAAAUCGGUGAACAAGUCAUGGUUCGUGCACAUCCCUAACAAGCUAUUCCAAAACAAAGAAUGUGAAUCACUAACAACCUGACUCAAAGGUUUGCUCUGGCAAAAAUUUUUUGCUUCUCUGUCCUGGCACCCUAUAAAUACCCUACAUGCAUUUGUCGUCACCAUUAAAGAAUCACUGACUAUUGCACAAACAGGUGUGGCUCCAAGUUUUUGUGGACUAUUGAGAGCUGGUGGAAGGAGAUAGUGGAACAGCCCUGUAAGGUAUUGGGUUACUCUGCCUUAGUUCUGUUGCUGCUGCUGCUUCCCCCUGCUCUGAACAAUCCUGGUGACCCAAACAGAAAAGGAUAGUGAUGUGGUCACGGGAUCAUAAUGCAGAAGGGUGGCUGGAAGUGCCUUCUCUGAUGCAACGUAGAAGAUGUAUAUGUGCUGUCUACCAAACUGAUACUCAAUACAUGUAAUUGUAACUAGUCACUCUAAUCAAUGCUUAGGACUGCAAAUAGAUAUAUUUUAAAACUGACUGCCUUCUGUAUGCAAUAUUUAUAUUUUACAAUUACUAUGCUAUUUUUUAUAAAGUCCAAGUAAAGAA